CCAACCCAACUAACUCUUGUUUGUCUCUUUCCUUCAAACCUUCCUCUCCCAGCUUUCUAUCUCACAAACAAAUUCACAGUCACUGUUCGCAUAAGUAGCACCGCUGCAAUCUGAGACCCCGCCCUUCCGCAAGACGUGGAGUUGACGGUGACGAUUACCCUUUGAACAAGUCAGAAAUAGUGAGAUUAGGGAAAUGAGUGUGGGGAGCAGCUUAGGAGGAGGCUUGAAGAAAGCUCUGGCUGAAGUGGCCAUCAGGGGAGUCACUGAAGCUAGAGCUAGGAUUUUCGGCCACUUUCUUAACCCAACUGGUCAAAGAUCCGCCAACAAAAUACUUCGUAAGAAGCUCAUUGGUGACAAAGUUGCAGGUUGGUAUCCUUAUGAUAUCAACAGGGACGAUCCCCGUGUCAUGGCUCAGAAGGAACAAGAGCGACUGAGCAGGCUUGAAAUGUUGAAGCGUCGCCAGAAGGGGCCACCAAAGAAAGGGCAAGGGAAGCGUGCUAAAAAGAGUGGCCGAUAAAGACGAUCGCAUUUCAUCUAAAUUUAUAUGAAACGCUAGCGAUCUAUGACUUUUUCUGCAGUGCGGCAUUCUGGUGAUCAUGUUUUAAGAUGCAAGUUGCAUAUGUUCAACCCCGCAACAUAUUUUGUUGAUUAUCAAUAAUAUUCAAUAGUAGCUUUGAUAAGGAUAAUUAUAACCUUUAUUGCUUCUGUUGCAAUUUGCAGUUGCCUAUAACUUUUUUGUGUUAUUCCUUUUUAUAUAAUUCUGUAAUACCUUAAACCUUGUUUGAACUUUGAACAUGGAUUUUUGACCUACAA